GUAGAGCAGUGUAGAGUGUUUCUCUACCACGUGUGUCGCUGUCAGUACCUCAGUUAUCCCACCAUCACGCUGGCGGUAGCACUUGUGUGGCCGGCUUUUCUACACAAGUCAGAGAAUCCCAGUUCUCUUCUGGUGGUGAUUGAAUACCAGGUGAUGCACGCAUUGUCUGCAACAAAUUCCAAACAUGAAGUGAUGCGAACAUCAUUGAAAAGGGUGUGUGGCUGGAGUACUCAGAGUUCUUCCCCUUUGAUUGUGUGUGCUCACUCCAGGCUCAGCUAGAAGAGUUUGUUACAGCAUUACCUCCCUUGAAUUCCACCACAGUCACAGAGUUCUUCAAAAGUUUUGAGCUGUUGCUAGUAACUGAGAAGUGGGAAAGUGGUCAUUAAAAUAAUCAACGAUAUAUUUCCCUGCAUUGGUAAAAUUGUGAGCCGAGAAGACUUUGAUGUUGCACAGGGACUUAUACUACCAUUCUUAAGGAUGUUGGGUUCUGCUCUUGGCCAUUUCAAAUCCUGCGUCAAACAGAAGGGAGACGUUCGUCAAGUUAUCAGACAUGUCAUACAUUAUCUGUUGACAGUUAAACUUAAUAGUAAAGUUCCCAUGAACGUCCAGGAGGAGGCUAUUGUGUUGCUGCUGAAGCUGUCUCAUUAUGAGCCUCAGGAUGUAAUAGAGCGAUUGAGAAUCUGGUACCCAAAGCACACGGACACAGUGUCAACGGACUUGCGGAACAAGCUGGAGCUGUUUGUCAAUGUUUAUAAACAGAGGUUUCCUAGUUUGAAAAAAUUGUUCGCUAAAAGUUCAGGCACUUGAUGUAGCCUUGUUAGAUUUACAACCUGAAAAAGUUGGGCGGAUUAGAAUUUUACAUUUUACGAUGUUACAUGUACAUUUCUACAAGCUUGCUAUCAGGGAAAAAUACUGGUCAGUUUGAAAUAAUGACAUAUCAUUGCAUUUAGAUCGCCUUUUCUUUGUGAGGAAAUGGCAGGUCACGGUAGCGUGAUAAGUACUUUGAUUUGUGAUACACAUCAGAGGUUUCUUCAGUCUCAGCCUUGGAUGUGGAAUUUUCUGGAUUCCAUUUUCACCUCAGCUCUUGAGGCUUUGACCACAACAGAGUGCAUGUGAUAUACACGCACAUGUGUACCUGGGAAUACAGUGUACAUGUGGCCUUUGAUGUCAGUGAUAUUGGAGAUCCUUGACAUUAAAUUGAUAACGGCAUUACGUUAUGCAGCACGUACGAUUCAGUAAGUGUGAUCAUAAGCCUCGCUUGUGAUCAUUUUAUGUGGGUAUUUUUUUUUUAUUGAACAGUUUU